CUAAUUUUAGAGGAAACCAGUGAUUUUUUUUAAUAGCUUAUAAAAUUGGACUGAUAAACAACUACAGGCAUGUCUGGAAUAGCAGGUGCUCGUUUAACCGAAGAAAGAAAGGCAUGGAGAAAAGAUCAUCCUUUUGGCUUUGUCGCUCGUCCUUCCAAAAAUCCAGAUGGUACUCUCAAUCUCAUGAACUGGGAAUGCUCUAUUCCUGGUAAAAAAGGAACUCCUUGGGAGGAAGGACACUACAAAUUAAGAAUGUUGUUCAAAGAAGAUUACCCCACCAGUCCACCAAAAUGCAAAUUUGAACCUCCACUGUUCCAUCCCAAUGUUUAUCCAUCAGGAACAGUUUGUUUAUCCUUACUCGAUGAAGAAAAAGACUGGAGACCAGCAAUUACUAUCAAACAAAUUUUAUUGGGCAUACAAGAUCUACUUAACGAACCGAACGUAAAGGACCCCGCGCAGGCUGAGGCUUACACAAUAUAUUGCCAAAAUCGUUUAGAAUAUGAAAAGAGAGUUAGAGCCCAAGCUAGGGCCAUGAGUCAUCAAGAAAGUUAAAUAUCUCUGUGUGUAUUUGUCUAAAUUAAAAAUAUGGAAUUUAUUGUAUUCUAUUUCCG